GGCAUCUCUUGGUUAGAUUCACUUUAGCCGCAGUCGACGCAGCAUUUUGGCGGCAUUUAAGUUAUUUCCAUUAAAUACUACUUCCAAACAUUUUUAAACAUGUCGCAGAUUUGUAAACGAAGCUUGUUGACGGCAAACCGAGUCCUCAUUAAUGCACCAGCAGUUUUACGUUGCAAAUCAACAUGGUUCUCCGACGUGAAAAUGGGUCCACCGGAUGCCAUUUUGGGUGUUACGGAGGCCUUCAAGAAGGACACAAAUCCCAAGAAGAUCAAUCUGGGAGCCGGUGCCUAUCGUGACGACAACACAAAACCCUUUGUGCUGCCCAGCGUGCGUGAGGCCGAGAAACGUCUGGUGGGUCGCUCCCUGGACAAGGAGUAUGCCACAAUCAUUGGUCUGCCCGAUUUCUACAACAAGGCGAUCGAGCUGGCGUUGGGCGAGCAAUCACAGCGCCUGAAGGCCAAGCACAAUGCCACAACACAGGCGAUCAGCGGGACUGGCGCGUUACGUGUGGGCGGUGCCUUUUUGAGCAAGUUCUGGCAGGGAAAUCGGGAGAUCUACCUGCCGACGCCAUCGUGGGGUAACCACGUGCCCAUUUUCGAGCAUUCCGGUCUGCCGGUUAAGCGCUAUCGCUACUACAACCCAAAGAACUGCAAUCUGGACUUUGGCGGUAUGAUUGAGGACUUGAAGAAAAUCCCUGAAACGUCGAUUGUGCUGCUGCAUGCAUGCGCCCACAAUCCAACGGGCGUCGAUCCCAGCACAGAGCAAUGGCGUGAACUCUCGCAGCUCUUCAAACAGCGCAACCUUUAUCCAUUCUUUGACAUGGCCUAUCAGGGCUUUGCUACUGGCAAUGUAGACGGCGAUGCUCAGGCUGUGCGCAUUUUUGAGGCAGAUGGACACGACUUCUGCCUGGCGCAAAGCUUCGCCAAGAACAUGGGUCUGUACGGCGAGCGUGCCGGCGCCUACUCCGUCAUCUGUGCCGAUGAGCAGGAGGCAGCGCGCGUUCUAUCACAGAUCAAGAUCCUUAUUCGCGCUCUAUACUCCAAUCCCCCAAUUCAUGGUGCUCGCAUCGCAGCCGAGAUUCUCAAUAGCGCUGACUUACGCAGCCAAUGGCUAAAGGAUGUUAAAGGAAUGGCAGAUCGAAUUAUCGACGUGCGCUCAAAACUGAAGAGCAAUCUCGAAAAACUCGGCUCCACGCACAACUGGGAGCAUAUUGUCGACCAGAUUGGCAUGUUCUGCUUUACAGGCCUCACGCCGGAGCAAGUUGACAGCCUGACCAAAAAUCACAGCGUCUACCUUACGAAGGAUGGUCGCAUUUCCAUGGCUGGCGUAACAAGCAAGAACGUCGAGUACCUGGCCGAGAGCAUACAUAAGGUGACCAAAUAAAUCAUGCUAGUGGAUAGAUCGUUACGAAGCCCCUUUUAUCUGCUUUUUUACGCAUUUAUAGCAACUUCUUGCAGUUAAUUAGUUACAAAAAUUGCCUUACACACCUAUCCUGUACAUACGACGAAUAUCUGCCUUUGAAAUAAAGCAUUUUAUAGUUUA